UGGUGCAGACACGUCAAUCUGAAGCAACAUCAACCUAUUGGCUUGAUUCUAUCACGUGUGUGGAUCUGAAGAUGGCGUCUCCAAAUGGAGGUGAUGAUUUUGAGUCCUCUCUGCUGAGUUUUGAGAAGCUGGAUAGAGCAUCUCCUGACCUAUGGCCAGAGCAACUGCCAGGAGUUGCAGAAUUUGCUGCAUCUUGCAAAAAUCCAAUUACCAAUUCUCCACCCAAAUGGAUGGCUGAACUGGAGAGUGAGGACAUUGAAAUGUUAAAAGAGCUGGGGAGUCUGACCACAGCAAACCUGAUGGAGAAGGUCAAAGGGCUACAGAACCUGGCCUACCAGCUGGGCCUUGAGGAGUUAGGGGUGUUAAGCUACAUACAACUAUCAUGUUGUACACCGAAGACAUGAGUGUGC